AUUUUUAUAUAUAUGUGCAGGGAGACGGAGUAUGAAGGGAGGUAUCUCACUCCUCCAUGUGCUCGCACCAACCGGCUUCUUGGCUAUCCAUUCAUAGCCAAACCAAGAUGGCUAGCUUCGCCACCUCUCCCUCACCGGCGAUGGACAAACCGGCAGCCGCAGCUCCAGGGGGCGCCACCUACACCGAGAGCUCAGCGGUAGACGCCCCAUCCGAUGAGAGCCUGAAAGACUUCAUAUCCUCGCUCCCGUCAAGGGAGGGGUGGCCGAAGCCGCUCAUCCAGUACAAGGGCUACUGGUUCAAGCCGAGGAUGCUGGAGGGUGUCCUGCGCACCAGACGAGCCUUCCUGCCCCGCGCAGAUGACGUCGUCCUCGCCACGCAGCCCAAGUGCGGCACCACCUGGCUCAAGGCCCUCGCCUUCACCGUCGCCACGCGGUCCCGCCACGGCCUCGGCGCCGACCACCCGCUCCUCACUUGCUACCCGCAUCACCUCGUGCCGUACAUCGAGAUCCCUGGUGCUGCCGGCGGCCAUGUAGUCAACCUCGGCGCGCUCCCGUCCCCGAGGCUCCUCGCCACGCACAUGCCCAUGUCGCUGCUCCCACCGGAGACGCGGUCGCUCGGCUGCCGGGUGGUGUACCUGUGCCGGGACCCCAAGGACACGCUCGUCUCCAGGCUGCACUUCGAGAACAAGCUGGCGGCGCGGUGCGGCGGCGUCGGCCCGUCGAUGGACGACGCCUUCGGCAUGUUCUGCGAGGGGUUCUCGCCCUACGGCCCCUUCUGGGACCACUGCCUCGAGUACUGGGAGGAGAGCGGGGCGAGGCCAGACACCAUCCUCUUCCUCAAGUAUGAGGAGAUCAAGCUGGACCCGGCGCGGGUCGUGAGGAGGCUCGCGAGCUUCCUCGGCGUCCCGCUGACCGAGCAGGAGGAGAGCUCCGGCGUCGCGGACAAGGUGGCGAGGAUGUGUAGCUUCGAGACGCUCACCGGGCUGGAGGUGAAACAGGUCGGCGGCGUCAGCCACGGGAAUAGAGUUCACUUUGAUAACUCUGUGUUCUACAGGAAAGGCGAGGUAGGGGACUGGGUGAACCACAUGAGCCGCGAGAUGGGGGUGAAGCUCGACCGCAUCGUCCAGCAGAAGCUCCAUGGUUCCGGGCUCGUGUUUUGAGCAAGAGUCAUUUGUCAUGUGUUCUGUGCUCCUUUGCACUCUGCUGCUUCUGGUUGGUGAGAGGAGAGCCCUAUGUUGAUUGUGUUUAUUAUUAUUAUUAUUAUUAUUAUCAUUAUUGUUUGGAUUGCUUACCACAUGUGUCACGUGGUAUGUUGAUUGUGGUUUAAUUUUGAGAAUAAUAAUAAAACAACAUCUGGCCUCAUAGGGUGGGAUACGCUGAUUCAUUCACCAGUACAUUUGCUACAACUAGCUGCUCAGUAACUGAUUUUAGUGGUCUGUAUUUCACCUGAAAGAGUGUAAACUGUAUAUCUUACAGACUGUAAAUGCUUCUGGGAUAGCAGGUUUACAGUGAGAUGAAGUGAUGUGUCACAUAAUCCUAUUAUUGUACUUGUCAGGUUGUUCAUAGAGGGGACAAAAUUAGCACAAAAUACUGAUUUCUUCAACAAAAAUUUGAUAGGUGCUAGGCCAAAGAUUAUCCGGUAAAAACAAUAAUGUGAUAGAAAAUGAGAACAAAAAGAGAGGCUAAAAAAUAAUAUGAUCGAAAUUACGGAUAGGACACAGAGGAAAACAAGCAGAACGUUUACUAGAAAUACACUUGCAGCGACAAAAUGUUUACAUAUCAAGUGUCGGAUAUGUUUAUCUCGAGGCAAAUACUAUUAUCUAAUUUGGAGUAUAAUAAAAAAAGGCACAAUGUAAACAUUUUGUUUCAGAUGGCCAACAUAGCUCAUAAUAAAGAAAAUAAAAUAAAAGAAAAAACAUCUGAAACUUGGUGGAUUCUGCUUGAUAUUGAAGACAGAUAACCAGAAAUGAACAGCAUCAACUAAGAACCUGCAGCCACUCACUCGGGUCACAUUGCAAUAACCAACUUGGCUGGAGUGGACUAGUUUUG